AUGGGCCUUGGUGAUUCUAACAGGGCUGUUGCAUAUAUCUUGAAUUGGAGAGGUAGCCACCGUUUGAAAAGGGACAUCCCGUUGGAAUAUGUCAGGAAGUCGGGGGUUAUUGACUUCGAGGUCGUUCCUUCGAAUACUCUAAAUUGUUUGCCUCCUACGGUGCCCCUUAGGGGCAUUAGUUUUAAUGACGAACUGAGGUCUCCUGUCAAUAAACAAGUGGACCAUCCAGACCUGCUGAAACAGUUGGACCUAGAGGUUGUCAAUAGUAUCCCUUCUGGGGCCUUGGUAAUCUACACUGACGGUAGCAAGAUGGAAGACGAUAGAACAGGGAGUGGUGUUUUCAUCAACAGCAAUGAUAGCGAAGUUAGGAUAAGUAUCCAAACCCCUUACAAUUGUUCAGUCUUUAGAUCCGAGAUCAUAGCAAUUGUAACUGCCCUUAAUUAUGCCCAGACAACAGAUAACAAUUGCAUUCGGAUAUUGACCGAUAGUAGGAAUGCUAUACAGUAUUUCAAGAACUGGUCAGAAAUAUUUAAUAUUCCAGACCAGGAGAUUAUGAAGCUUCUGUGCGAAAUUGGCUUGAAUACACCUAUAAACCUCCAUUGGAUCCCAUCGCAUGUCGGGAUACAUGGCAAUGAGAUAUCUGAUGUGCUUGCCAAGAAUGGCUGUGAUAUUCCAAUGGACUGUUUGAACCGUCUUACUCCCACAGAGAUACACUCCCUGGGAAAACAUCGUUUGCUUUCAGAGUGGCGCCGUACUCCAUCUCAUCAGUGGUAUGCUGACAACCGCCCAGGCUUAUCAAUAACAUUCUGUGGCUCUCUGCCUUUCCAAUCGGCCAUGGCCAGAUUUCGUAGUGGCCAUCUUAAGUGUUUAAGGUGUCAGAAUGGGGAGAAGACUUUCCAACCUUGUUCCUGCUCCCAGCCUGCUAGUCCUGUUCACCUUCUUCUUUUUCUUGGGGCUUCUUAUAAGCAGCUACUGGUUGAACGGGACUUUCUGCAGAUUUAUGCUGAACUGACGCGACGGGGCCUCCUGGACCUGGUUUAG